AUGAAUUGCACAAACUAUUCUAACUUUCGAAUGGAUAUGAUAUCAGAAUGUCGUAUUAAAGCAAUAGUACGUUUGAGAGAGUUUUCCAAACUUCGAGGCGCUCAAUACUGUAAAGCAUUUUGUGAUAUAGUUAUUAACGAUACAUUAUUAGAAACACACGAAAAGAUUUAUUUAAUAUAUGACUUGUUGAAAAUACGUGACACACAGAAUAUUAUUCAUAAAAAUGUCGAAGUAAGCCGGAAAUGCGAAUAUUGUAAUAAUCAAGUUAUUGCUGCUCUAUAUUGUGAGUUUUGUAUUCGUAAUUAUUUAGAAAAGCAAUUUAACAAAUGGACGUCAGAAAAUGAAGAAAUUGAUAAACUAAUUCGAAAAUGUCAACAUAAUGCCGUAUCAUCAUCACAUAUUAUCGAAUGGAUUCCUUAUGAACAUUUUGAAAAUAUUGAAUUAGAAACUUCCACUAGCAAUUCUGACGUAUAUAUCGCAACGUGGAAAAAUGGGCCAUUUACAGAAUGGGAUAAUGAACAACGGAAAUUAAAGAGAGGCGGCCGAGGUACUUACAUCCUUAAAACUUUAAAAAUUUCAGAAAAACGGUAUAAUGAGGUAAUGAUAUGUGGAUUUUCAUAA